ACUGUUUCUUCUCAACCCCAUAAUAAGGACAUCCACACCAUGAGCAUCAAAACUGUCUCGUUGAAACCCUUCGCGGACCAGAAGCCUGGAACGUCCGGCCUUCGCAAGAAGGUCAAGGUUUUUCAGCAAGAGAACUACAGCGAAGCCUUUGUCGCCAGCAUCCUCCUCUCCAUCCCCGAAGGCGUAGAGGGCUCAACACUCGUCAUUGGCGGCGAUGGCCGUUACUGGAACCCCGAAGUGACACAGCUGAUUGCCAAGAUCGGCGCAGCGUACGGCGUGAAGAAGCUCAUCAUCGGCCAGAAUGGCAUUCUCAGUACCCCAGCUGCCAGCAAUGUCAUUAGAAAGCGGAAGGCGACCGGUGGCAUUCUGUUGACCGCCAGCCAUAACCCUGGAGGACCCACCGAGGACUUUGGGAUCAAGUACAACCUCGCCAAUGGUGCUCCAGCGCCCGAAAGCGUCACCAACAAGAUCUUCGAGACCUCAAAGAACCUCACUUCCUACAAAAUCGCCGACAUUCCCGAGGUCGACCUCUCAACCAUUGGCACGCGGAAGUAUGGUGAUCUGGAAGUGGAGGUCAUCCACUCCACCAAGGACUAUCUCGAUAUGCUCAAAGACAUCUUCGAUUUUGAUCUGAUCAAGUCGUUCAUCAAGCAACACCCUGACUUCAAGGUCUUGUUCGAUGGCUUGAACGGUGUGACCGGCUCGUACGGAAUUGACAUCUUCGAGAAGGAGCUGGGAAUACCAAACAGUACACAGAACUGCAUCCCUAAACCAGACUUCGGUGGACACCACCCCGACCCCAACCUCGUAUAUGCAAAGUCCCUCGUCGACGCAGUGGACAAAAAUGGCAUUCACUUUGGCGCUGCGAGCGAUGGUGAUGGCGAUCGCAACAUGAUCUACGGCGCAAAGACAUUCGUCUCUCCAGGCGACAGCCUGGCCAUUAUUGCCCACCAUGCCGAAUUGAUCCCGUACUUCAAGGAGCAAGGUAUUUAUGGCCUGGCCAGGAGUAUGCCCACUUCCGGCGCCAUCGAUCUCGUUGCCAAGAAGAAGGGUGUCGAGUGCUACGAGGUCCCAACCGGCUGGAAGUUCUUCUGCGGCUUGUUCGACGCCAACAAGAUGAACAUCUGCGGCGAAGAGAGCUUUGGCACAGGAAGCAACCACAUCCGCGAAAAGGAUGGACUGUGGGCUGUCGUUGCAUGGCUCAACAUCCUGGCUGCCGUUGGCCAGCAGACUGGUACCACCCCCAGCAUCGCCUCGAUCCAGAAGGACUUCUGGAAGACAUACGGCCGGACUUUCUUCACCAGAUAUGACUAUGAGCAGGUCGACUCUGAUGCUGCCAACAAGGUUGUUGCCAACAUCAAGGAGCUCAUCACCACGAAGAGAGACGAGUUUGUUGGCUCCACUGUUUCCGGACGCAAGGUUCUCGAAGCCGACGAUUUCUCGUACACCGAUCUCGAUGGCAGCGUGAGCAAGAAUCAGGGUAUCUUUGUCAAGUUCGAUGACGGCAGCCGCAUCGUGGUACGCUUGUCUGGAACUGGCAGCAGCGGCGCGACCAUUCGUCUGUACAUCGAAAAGCACGAAACCGACGAGUCCAAGUACGACUUGGAUGCUCAGGACUAUCUCAAGGAUAACGUCCAGUUAGCAACCAGUUUGCUCAAGUUCCAGGAGUACAUCGGCCGUACCGAGCCUGAUGUCAAGACGUAGAGGGCGGACGUGGAGUGAGUGAAAGUGAAUGCCGUAAUUAGCAUGGCAAGUUCUCUGUCUCUGGGUCACUUGCUCAGCUGCAAGUGUUUAUCAUGUACUCAGCGGCAUAGCGAUCAUCAUAAUACACACCAAAGCGCGCAAAUACUCAAUGCUCAAUGCCACAAGAUGUUCACCAUUCAUGUAGUCAACACAGUGUCACGAGCAGUUGUCUUCUCGUCUUCUUCGCUAGUUGCAUAUGUUCCCUGGCACAAUGCUACUGUACCUGACGCGCCACAGCACCGCCACAGGUCCC